AAGGUGCUGGAGUUGUCGCAUCCAGUUGCGUUUAUAGACUAGCUAGUAACCGGCUGUUUGCGCUUCAGAGAACACAACAAGUAGGGACAAUAUGCCUACUAAAGUAGCCUAGCUACUGGUUUUAUAGAUUAUAUAGGGUAUCGAUUUGUAUAAUUAAGUCUAUAAUGGUUUCUAUCACGGUAAAUGACCUCACUCAACUUAAGGCAGUCGGCGCGAUGCAACUCCCUCGUUUCAUGACGUUUGUUCUGGUCAUUUCUUGUGAGUUGUACCGGGCAGUCGCGGGUCCGGGCGCUGGGUUGAAGACGUGGGAGAGGUUUAGUAAAUUGGACUACCCCGGGGACAAAGCUUUCCUCUACGACACCUUUCCUGACAACUUCAUGUGGGCGGUUGGAACGGCAGCUUACCAGGUGGAGGGUGCGUUUGAGAAAGACGGGAAGGGCCUGUCCAUUUGGGACACUUUUACGCGCGGCGGGAACCGGAUAGCUACCGGGGACGUUGGCAGCGACAGCUACCAUAACACCCAAAGCGACGUCCGGGCGCUCAAACAGCUCGGGGUCAGUCACUACCGCUUCUCGCUCUCGUGGUCGCGGAUAUUUCCAAACGGCAGCCGCGGUAGCUACAACGAGAUUGGUACCAACUACUACCGGACGCUAAUACGGAAGCUGAAGGAGAUCAACGUGCAGCCGGUGAUCACGCUCUAUCACUGGGACUUACCUGACAACCUGCAGAGAACGUUCGGCGGGUGGAGCGACCCAGCGCUCGUGGAGCUUUUCCGUGAUUAUGCAGAUUUCUGUUUCCAAACAUUCGGUGACGAUGUGAAGUAUUGGAUCACGAUAGACAACCCGUUCCUGGUGGCGUGGAACGGGUACGGUACUGGGAAGGUGGCUCCGGGAAUCAAGAAUGACCCGGACCUGCCGUUUAGAGUGGGACACAACCUCCUCAAGGCUCAUGCUGCAGCGUGGCACCUCUACGACCGCCACUACCGGCCCCAGCAGAAGGGGAAAGUUUCAAUGGCGCUGGCCUCCCAUUGGAUCAAGCCCAGCAGGACACGGCGUGAGAGCCUGCAGGCGUGUCAGUGGUCCUUGGACUUUGUGUUGGGCUGGUUCGCCAGACCCCUCUUCAUUGAUGGAGAUUACCCCCCUAGCAUGAAGCACAACCUGUCCCACCACCUGCCCUCCUUCACACAGGCAGAGAGGGAUGAGGUGAGGGGGACCGCUGACUUCUUUGCUCUGUCCCAUGGUCCUUCUCUGAGCUACCAGCUGAUUGACGUGAGUCUCAAAUUUGGCCAGAUUGAAGUUCUGGACCUGAGGAUGCUGCUAUACUGGAUCAGAGCAGAGUACGACAACCCACCCAUCUACAUAGUAGAGAGUGGCUGGUUUGUCCAGGGAGACAUCAAGACAGAGGACUCUAAGAACAUGUAUUACCUCAAGAGGUUCAUUAUGGAGACACUGAAAUCGAUUAAGUACGAUGGGGUGAAUGUGAUUGGCUACACCCACUGGUCCCUGCUGGAUGGGUUCGAAUGGCACAGAGAGUAUGAUAUACGCAGAGGCCUCUACUACGUCGACUUCAACACACACAACCUCAAGAGGAGGCCCAAGACCUCCGCCAACUUCUACAAGAAGUUGAUCCAGAAGAAUGGUUUUCCCCAGCUGCCUGAGAACAGACCAGCUCAGGGAGUUUUCCCCUGUGACUUCGCCUGGGGGGUGUCCGCCAACUCUAUACAGGUGGAGACCACCCCCACCCAGUUUGUAGAUCCCAGUGUGUACGUAUGGAACAUCACAGGCAACGGGGAGCUGAGGAGGUUAGAGGGGUUCCAGGCCCCGCCGCUCCGCAGGGCACAGCACUGUGCCGACUACGCCACCAUCCGCCAGCAGGUGGAAGAGAUUCGUCGUGUGGGAGUCAACCACUUCCACUUCUCUCUCAACUGGUCCUCCCUGGUGCCCAGCGGCAACGUGACCCAGCCCAACACUACCUUACUAGGGUACUACCGCUGCUUUACGAGCCAGCUGCACCAGGCUAACAUCACGUCCAUGGUCACCCUGUGGCACCACACACGCCAGCGCUCCAGCCUGCCAGCCCCGAUGGAGGCAGCAGGAGGCUGGUUCAACAGGGACACAGUGGUGGCGUUUGUGGACUACGCUCGGCUGUGCUACAGAGAGCUGGGUCCCCAUGUGAAGAUGUGGAUCACCUUGAACGAGCCCAACGAUGAAGAUGACGUGUCUCCGAUGGAGGGCCACCAGCUGCUGAGGGCACACGCCCUGGCGUGGCGCGCCUACGACCAGGAGUACAGACACACACAGGGAGGACAGGUUUCCUUGGCUCUUCACAUGGACUGGGUGGAACCGGCGUUCUCCUUCAGCCGCGAGGACGUGGAACCAGCCAACAGGGUUCUCGACUGUCGUGUGGGCUGGUUCUCAGAACCCAUCUUUGGCAGUGGAGAUUACCCGCCUCGCAUGAGGAACUGGUUCCACCAACGACACUCCCUUGACCUUUUCCAUUACCACCUGCCGUUGUUCAGUGAUGAGGACAGACAGCUGGUGAGGGGGACAUACGACUUCUUCGCCAUCAGUCAUUUCAGCACUCAGCUAGUGACCACCACCAUUGAAGAAAACAAACUGCCCUCCAGGUUGGGGGUGCAGUACAUGGGAGACAUCACCUGGAUCAGGUCCCCUCGGCCCAAUGCCCCCGUAGUGCCCUGGGGCCUCAGGAAGGCCCUCAACUGGGUGGAGGAGCGCUACGCUGGCGUGGCGGUCUAUGUGGUAGCCAAUGGGGUGCAGGAAGACCCGGCCCGCUUCGACGACAGUCUGAGAGUCUACUACCUGUACAGCUACAUCAACGAAGCUCUUAAAGCCUACAUCCUAGACGGGGUGAAUCUGAAGGGUUACUUCGCCUACUCCCUGAACGACCAGAGAGACCCAGGCUUCGGCUUGUACGGUCAUGUCCAGGAUGAGGAAAUCCUCAAAACAUCUCUGUCCCAGUAUCAGAACAUUAUCCGGCACAACGGCUUCCCUCUCCAGGGAACCCUUACCUCGGCCCUGCAGUGCCCCAGUCAGCCUCUACCCUGCUCGGGGUGUCUGGUCCUGACCAAGAGGCCUGUGGUGGGCUUCCUCUCUCUGGUGGGGUCAGCGGUCCUGGUCACCCUUGGGCUGAUUAUAUACUACGCUGCCAAGAGACACAGGGGCCGAGGUACAAAUGGCACCAUAUUCUCUAAAAUAUAGGGCCCUGGUCUAAAGUAGUGCACUAUAUUGGGAAUAGGGUUCUAUAGGGCUCUGGUCUAUAGUAGUGCACUAUAUAGGGAAUAGGGUUCCAUAGGGCCCUGGUCUAAAGUAGUGCAUUAUAUUGGGAAUAGGGUUCUAUAGGGCCCUGGUCUAAAGUAGUGCACUAUAUUGGGAAUAGGGUUCUAUAGGGCUCUGGUCUAUAGUAGUGCACUAUAUAGGGAAUAUGGUUCUAUAGGGCUCUGGUCUAAAGUAGUGCACUAUAUAGGGAAUAGGGUUCCAUAGGGCUCUGGUCUAAAGUAGUGCACUAUAUAGGGAAUAGGGUUCUAUAGGGCUCUGGUCUAAAGUAGUGCACUAUAUUGGGAAUAGGGUUCUAUAGGGCUGUGGUCUAUAGUAGUGCACUAUAUAGGGAAUAGGGUUCUAUAGGGCUCUGGUCUAUAGUAGUGCACUAUAUAGGGAAUAGGGUUCUAUAGGGCUCUGGUCUAAAGUAGUGCACUAUAUUCGGAAUAGGGUUCUAUAGGGCUGUGGUCUAUAGUAGUGCACUAUAUAGGGAAUAGGGUUCUAUAGGGCUCUGGUCUAUAGUAGUGCACUAUAUAGGGAAUAGGGUUCUAUAGGGCUCUGGUCUAUAGUAGUGCACUAUAUAGGGAAUAGGGUUCUAUAGGGCUCUGGUCUAAAGUAGUGCACUAUAUAGGGAAUAGGGUUCUAUAGGGCUCUGGUCUAAAGUAGUGCACUAUAUAGGGAAUAGGGUUCUAUAGGGCUGUGGUCUAUAGUAGUGCACUAUAUAGGGAAUAGGGUUCUAUAGGGCUCUGGUCUAUAGUAGUGCACUAUAUAGGGAAUAUGGUUCUAUAGGGCUCUGGUCUAAAGUAGUGCACUAUAUAGGGAAUAGGGUUCCAUAGGGCUCUGGUCUAAAGUAGUGCACUAUAUAGGGAAUAGGGUUCUAUAGGGCUCUGGUCUAAAGUAGUGCACUAUAUUGGGAAUAGGGUUCUAUAGGGCUGUGGUCUAUAGUAGUGCACUAUAUAGGGAAUAGGGUUCUAUAGGGCUCUGGUCUAUAGUAGUGCACUAUAUAGGGAAUAGGGUUCUAUAGGGCUCUGGUCUAUAGUAGUGCACUAUAUAGGGAAUAGGGUUCUAUAGGGCUCUGGACUAAAGUAGUGCACUAUAUAGGGUGCCAUUUGGGGUCACGUGGUGAUGGUGGUGAUGAAAAUUAAGUGUAUUUCUGAAGCGUGUGUUAUAGGUAGUCCUCCGGGUUCGAGUCACUUGACCUUUAACCCUUCAAUGUCUGCUGAUCUGAAGGAAUCAGGAAAAAGUAGGAGCAAUAUGUCAGAAUUAUCCACCAUGUCAGCACUAGAUCUCUGACACCUAAUCCAGUUCCUCGAGAUCUGUAAAACAAAGUCGUGGGCUAGGGCCAAGGGCCAACCCCCAUGUGGGGGCCAAGGGUUUAUUGUAGCACGCCCCCCCCCUCCCCCCAAUUGAUAUAGACCCAUGUGGAGGCCAAGGGUUUAUUGUACCCAUGUGGGGCCACAUAACUGGAGCCAUUUAGACGGUUUACGACACUGUGUAGAGAAUGUAGUUGAUGAAUGUAGUUGAUUUAGUUGAUGUGGUGUGUCGUUGUUUUAUCAAACUCAACCAGCAGCGUUUGUUUCAUGUAUUUCAGUCUGAAGAUAAAGUAUUGUUCUUUAAAAAACAA